UUCUUCACAAGAAUGGGGAAAUGCAGUAGUGGUUGGUGUAGUGCGAACAAGCGCUGUGAGUGUAUUGGCUGUAGCAGGGGGAACUGGCCAUCUGUAUGUCUGCCAUGCUCCAAACACUGUGUUCACUACCUUGAUCAGUGUGCUUGCAAAAUAUCAGCUGUCAGUGCUGCUCAAACUAAACUGUGGAGGAGUUGCUGUACUGUGUCCAUGGGCAGGGGGAGUUGGUUGUCUUGCUGUUAUAUCUGCAUCAGGUCUGGCGACACCCCCACUACAUAGCCAAGCAGCUUCUCAGGAAACCCGGAUUACUGAUCCUGGCUUACUUAAGUUUGUUGCUCAGACAGUUGAGAAAUGUCUGAAGAAUGCCUCUCCACACAUGAAUGGGGAGACUGUAGUAACUACUAAGAGGUUUUCUGCACACCAAACAGAAAGAUGGUAUAGACCCUUAAAGGGAAGCAGUGAUGCAAUGAAACAAAUCAGAAAAAAAAGAGCUAACAGAAUGGAACGCAAAGCAAUGCAAGAGCGUUUGCAGAAAAGAUACCGCCCCCAGAUUCCUUGUCCUCUGUCAGCUGGAGAGAUGGGCCCUGUUGACCUUGUUGAUGUGACGCAACCAUUGGGAGAAGCUGGACCUUCUAAAAAGCCUACCAUGAGCCGUGCUCAACAGCUAGUAAAGAAAAGUCAUAUUGUAACAGCUCAACAAAAAGUAAAGGAACAACGUGCAGAAGAAGAAGAACGUGUCCAAGCAACAGAGCGCAGGGCAGCACAGGCCUCGGAACAGGCUCGGAAGUCUCAGGCCCUUGAGUCACAAGUUUUGAAUAAGGUGUCUGAUAUUCAGGACACAGAAAAAUUGAUCCAAACUCUGAAGAAUCUGUGCAAUGGUGAUGGCAUUGAGACAGACCUCUUUACAUCAGCACAGACUGUAAUUAAUCUUGCCCUCAUGCACGUCAAGAACAGCUGUGGGAAAGACAUGGAGGGUGGAUUGCGAAAAUUGUUAGGGAGUGGUGUUAUGCAAACCACAGUUGAUAUCAAUAAUGAGCAUCCUCCAGAGUCUCAUCUGCACCAUUAUAAACUCCAAACUUUGUUGCACCUGGAGCUAUUAUGGGUCUUGGGUUAUUCGUCUAGUGGCCAAAUGGAGGAUGAAGAGGAGGAGAGCAGGGGGAGCAGCAUCAGGGAGCAUCAUGUGGAAGAGGCAGUGAAGAUGCUGAGGGCCAUAUCCCUUCGCCACAACCCAACCACUAUGGCCACCUUCUUGCAGGAGACAGUCUUAGAAAAUUAUGUUGGAACCCUUGGGGAGGUGCUGGUAGAAAUCUAUGAAGAACUAAAUCAGCCUCUCCCAGGGCCUCUGAAGAUUCUCACAGGAGACUUGAGUUCUGUGGCUGACACAAGGCCCAAUUCUGUGAAGUCCCAUGCAAGUUCUGUGGUUAGUUAUGACAGUACCUGUGGGUCAGUUGAGAAUCCAGGCUCUGGCAAAUCGCGAGAAGGGCGAAGAAUGUCUUCACGUCAUCCAAGCCUGAAAGAGACGAGCAAAAGAACCAUUGUUAUACCAGUGGUAACAAGGGCACUGAGAAGAACCACUAGUGAGCAAACUAAACAAUCAGCAGCUCCGCCAGCUCCUGUUGCAAAUAAAGCUUCCGAGUCAACUGACAAUGACAUUAAAAAAGUGUGUCGCAACCUCUUUGACCUGAGUGAUGGUGCAGCGCCGAAGCCUAAGUUGCAGAGAUCAAUGACAGUUGGAUCAGUACCUGUGGCAGAACUGAGACGCAGCCCUCGGAAGAAGCACAGAAAGUCCACUGCUAUCACCCCAAGGAAAAGCAGAAUAUUAAUGAAACAAUCGAAAGGGUCUCAUAAAACUCCUGUCAAAGGGAUGCGCACUACAGAAAAAGGCAUGAAGACUCCAAAAUCAAAGAAAGGAGGUGUGAUUGUUCCUGAAACACCGGGAGAUAAAGUUGGACAGACUAUGUUUAACAAAAGAAGGAUUCGGAAGAGCACAGGCACCACAUUGGUCACUGAGAGCCCAGAUAUUAAAAGAGUCAGCAAAACAACACCCCGAAGGCUGCAAGCAAGUUUGACAAUUACUCGCAGAAACUCUUUCUACUCUGGUGCACGUUCCCGAAACUGGGAACGUGGUAAAACACAGUUGCUUGCAGACCACAUCCGUAGCCAUUCUGAAAGAAGGAGCUUAGAUUCCAGUGCUUUCCAAAGUGUGGGAGAUGCUAGUUUCUUGUUCUCAGAAAUCUUAUCAGCAAGUCAAUCAGAUCUUUCACAUCAAGAUUCCACCAGUAACAAGAAGGAUUGUAAUGAUGCUGGAACUCCAGAAAGACGUGUUUUGGACUACGGGUUGGAUACAAGCACUGAAGUUGAGGAAAGUUCAGAAACAGUAAGCUCAGGUAAUAAUGUGUCCAAUAAUACGUCACAGUCAUCAUCAGUCUUCUCUGACUCUCCUGCUAAAAAUACCCAUGCACAGAGGUUAAAUAGAGAUUAUGAAGAUUCAUUAUCUAGAAAGAGUUUGAAAAGAACUCCUGUCAAGGCUGUGAAAAGGGCCCUCUCACUCUCUACUCCCACAAAGACAAUUUUGGUCCCUAAAUCUCCCAGGAGGAGCCUUCGUGUUGAGUUAGGCAAAGAGGAGCCAUUAUUCUGUACCCCAAAGAAAGUAAAUGAUAGUCCUUUCAGCAAGAAAAUUUUCUCUGUUGAUGGAACAGUUCCUGGCACACCCAAACAAGGUAGCCAGAAUAAAACGCUAUUGGAUACAUCCCUAUCCACUAUGACACCAAGCAAAAGAGUACAAUUCAGCUUGACGCUUACUCCAAGUAAACGUGUUUUAAUGGCCAAUAAUCCACAAACUCCUAAAAACAAGUUAGGAAUAUUAUCUAGUAAUCCUCCAACUCCCAAAAGCAUUCUGAAAACUCCCUCCAAGACUCCUGGAAAAACACCUGUUAAAGCCAACAUUCAGAGUCCUGACAUAUUUGCUACAACUGGAAAGAAAGAGAAGCAGACUCCAGGGAAAACACCAAUAAAGGGUAUGGAUGGUAAGGCAGGCCUGAAAGUAUCCAAAUUAAUUUUAGAAGACAUCAGUGAGAGAGUUCCUGAAACUCCUUCCAAAGUAGAUGUAGGUACUCCUGUGAAAGUUGGUACAUUUGUCUGUAAUGGAGAGAGUGAAAUUGAGCUUCUGUCACCAGUAAAAGGCAGCAGAAGCAGCCAUAGUACAAGUUCAGUCUUACUUUACACUCCAGAGAAAAAAUAUCCACUGGUAGAAGACACAUGUAUAGAGGAUGAAAAUGAGAAUUUAUCAGGAAGCAAAGACCAUGGAGCAGACAUUAGUGUUGAAAGUUUAAAGGGUAUAACUCCAGAGGAUGUUGAAUUGAUGAAUACACUUAUGUUUGGAAAAGAACAAGAAGAAAGCUCUGAGAUGGGAGCAGCAGAGAUCAGUGAAGACGAUGACUUUUUCAAACUAGAUAUCAAUGGUAUCUUGUGUUCUCUUUCCAGUCCUACCAAAACAGGAAGUAAUCAGUCUCCUGUUGUUAGCCAUAGUUUGCAGGAAGACUUGGUCCCAUCUUUAGGAGAAAGAAAAACUCCUUUGCUUGAUUUAAAUGUUUUCUUGAAUGAACAAGUGACCCCUGAAAAGAAUAUUGACUGUAAGCCAUGUAGUGAGGAUCUCCUUGCUAGUCCUGAAAUUACUUUGGACCCAAAAAUUAAGAGGUAUAUAGAGAGAAUGAACCAACAAUUUAAAAGCCUUGAAAACAAUACAGAAUCCCAGCCAGAUGUUGCCAUGGAUGAAACUGUGGAAGAGGAGAGACUAAAGGAAGGUGAUCACUUAAAGAAGAGUGUAGAAAAUGAGAUUACCGUCGAUGCAGACAAAGGAAGUGCAGCUUUAUCUAUUGACUCAAAUGAAAACAGUUUAAGUGACUCAGACAAAUCCCAUGUUACAGAAACUCUUGAAGUACAAAGAACAUUGACAAAUAAAUCUCCAGAAAAAAGUGCAAAAGAAAUGGAAAGUGAAAGAAGAGACAAGCAGUUGGUUAGAUCAUUGAUAAAUGAGAAAGAGAUGGAAACACUUCAGGCAGAAGCAAUGUCAGAGGAAUCAACAUGUAUUGAAACAAAGAAAGAUAGGGAUGAGGUAUUGGAAAAAGUGGAGCAAGGAUCCAAUCAUGAAUGCAAAAUGACUCUCAAAAGAGCAACUAGAAGAUCACAUGUGCAUUCAGAACCUUCAGAGAUGACUAAGUCAUUAGUGGAUAAAUCUGAAGAAACAGAAUUAUUGAAAGAAGAAACUUGUAAAACUAACUUAGAAAAAACAGAAGGGGAGAAAAUAGAAAGGCAGGUGGAACAGUUGAAAAUUAUGCCAGUGAAUGUAUUACAGAAAAAUGUCAGCAGUGAUAGUGGUGGACAGGAAGAGGAAAUCAAAUCUGUAAUGAAACCUGAAAGAAUAUGUAGAAGAGAAACAAGAAAAUCUGGGAAUAAAUCAUUAUUGCACAGUAGUGAAGAGUCCUCAAAUAGCAAGGCUAGGGACUCAUUUAGUGUUCAUAUUAAAGAUGACAAGGAAGAUUCUGAAAUGCUAGAUGAAGUACUUAACACACAAGACGCAACAGAAAAAAUAGCUAGUGAGAGUGAGAGGCCAGAACUGGAAGAAGGAGAAAAAACAGUGUUACUGGAAGCAGAUGUGAUAAAUGUUAACCAGAUGGAUGAUGUGACAGAUGAGAAGUCAAAACCUGUAAGAAAAUCACCUGGAAAUUUACCCUCAUGUGAUAAUUCCUUAAUUCAUCAGCCUGAAAGUAGAGACUCAGACAAAAAAUCCAAGAAAACUACUAAGAGGAAGAUAUUUGAAAGUGAUGAUGAGAUUGAAGAGACAGUCAAUCAAGAGAAUAUUAAAAGGAGGCUGAGCAGCAGUUACAGACAAGACCUCAAAAGGAAAAAGGGAAAUGAUAGAAGGGCGAGCUUGAGGAAACAGGCAGAGGUAACAAAAAGAAAAACUGAAGAAAGAGCAAGUAAGAGGAGUUGUGUCAGAAGAAUUCCCUCAUUCAAAGAGUACAGUAGUGAGGAUGAGGAUUAUAUCUUUGAAACUUAUGUAGCAUCACCUGUCAAGGAGAAGGUUGAUGCACCAUCUUCAAAGAGGAGGAGGAUAUUUGAAGAUGACGAUGAUUUCAUAUCUCCUUUGAAAGCAGACUUGGAAUUGAUGCCUUUGAAAAAUGUUGAAAAUCUACCCCACAACAAUAAAAUAAGUAAUAAUGUAUCAGUUGAAAAUGAUGUUAAGAAGGCAGGGGUAGAAUCUAGUAAACCUGAUUUACAGGAUUCUCCAUUAUCCAAAAUAAGCACUCCAGAUAGGUGCAAGCAACAGAAAAUUGAUAUUUAUCUCUCUCCCAUACACAAACAAGCUGCAGAAGCUGAAAAUGUAACAAGACUUUCUACAGAAACUUCAGUACGGAAAAGACCAGAGACACCAAAUGACUGGAAGAGAGUCAAGCCAAGAGCUAACAAGAACAAGAAUUGUAAGCUAGAUAUAGACAGUGAUGCUCCAAAAAGUACAAAUUGUCAAACAGAAGCGGGAAGAAAUGAAGAAAAACCUCGGGGCAGGACAGUAAAGAGAAAGAGAAGAGGUGUGAAAUUAAAACUUACCAAAAGCGGAGAUCACUACCAAGUUUCUGAAGCAAAUGCAUCAAUUGGAAGUUCAGAUCUCAAUUCCAGUAGUGAUAUGCAAGUUAAUUCUGCCACAAAUAAUGACAAGAAAGAUGCUGACAAUUCUUUAGAUUCGUCUAGUGCAUGUGAUACUCCUGUAUCAAAAAAGAAGAAAGGCCUGAAGGAAAAAUCUAUAAUAACACCUCUGCGAUUUACAAGACAUAUGUCAAAAGACUUGAGUGUGUCUCCAGAGUUCUUUCAGAAAUUGAUCACUUUAUCCCCAGAGAGAGGAGGAAGCCCCAUGAAAAGUUCAAAGAGAAAGAGUGAUGAAGCAUUAGGACACAAAUUAGAGAGAGAAAUGAUGGAACAACAAAACAAUGGAGAAGAUUCAGUAAGCACUACUUCAAGCAUUGGCCACUGUAACAGUUCAGACCUCGAUGACCUUCCUUUUGACUUGUCACCAGAUCCCAAAUUGAAGAGCCAAAGGAAUACAGUUGUUAAUGAGGAAUGGACAGUUCAGAAUGUCCCAGGAUCACCCACCAUGAAGACCUUUAUACGCAAACAAAAGAAUAAACAUUCCAUUGACAAAAGUCCCCGUAUAAAAUUGUCUCCAAUCCACAGUAGACCAAAAAGCUCUAGACUUUCCAACCCAAGUAUGUUAAGUCUAGUUCAUUUAUCAGUGUCACCAAUAAUUAAUAACAAAGUAAAUGUAGAUACCCAUGAAUCUCAAGGCAAUUCAAGAUAUCAACGAAAGCCGAAGUCUAGCAGAAGGUUGUACAGAAGCAGCAAAAAUUUUUAA